AUGGCAAUUCCAGGAAAACCCUUGACAGACUGGGACAGUGAUGUCCUUGACUGUUGUCAGGAUAUGAAAACUUGCUGCUAUGGAUUCUGGUGCUGCCCCUGUCUCGCCUGCACUGUUUCAGGAAACUUUGGAGAGAACAGCUGUCUCCCUUUAUGUGAUAUAUGUGGCCCUGGUAUAUUAGCAGCCUGCGGGAUACCUAUCUGUGUUCCUCCUGCAGUUUUGUCCAUAAGAGCUGGCAUGCGAAACCGAUACGGCAUCAAGGGCUCUCUCUGUAAGGACAUUGUACUUUCCUGUUUCUGCGAGUGGUGCUCUUGGUGUCAGAUGCAUCGCGAGUUAAAGCAUCGCAAGAAAAACCCGACUGUCAUCAACAUACAGAAUAACCCUGUUGUCAGCAUGCAGCCUAUUCCAACUGUCCAACCAGCAAUGAUGAUGAUGCCUGCGCAACCAGUUGCAACUGGUUACAUGUCUCAACCAACAGUGGUCAUCCAAACAAAGUGA